AUAUUGAAUCACCGUUGGUAUAUCACUCUAGCUAGAAACGAAAUCAAGUUAAAUAAUUAAUAGCCCGAUCUGCCGGAGCCAAGCUAGCAAUGGCGGGAAAGUCAAAGAGAAUGGUUGUUUGGGUGGCGUUGGCCGUGAUGAUGGCGGCACAGUUCCUGCAGGCGGCGAACUCCCAGACUGACACGUGCACCGCCUCGCUAGGGAAUCUGAACGUGUGCGCUCCGUUUGUGAUGCCGGGCGCCGUGACCACCGCCCCCAGCGCCGACUGUUGCAGCGUCGUACAAAGCAUGGAUCACGACUGCAUCUGCAACACCCUCCGCGUCGCCGCUCGCAUUCCCGCACAGUGCAACAUCCCCUCCAUCUCUUGCUCCGCAAACUAACGCCCCACCGGAGCGUACGUGAUCGGAUCGGACCGGAGGAAGUUUAAUUUCAGUUUCUUUAUAAUCAGAUUUCGAGUGUAAUAAUGUUAAUUUCUUCAAUUCAAUAACAAAACAUGCAUGCAUGUUUGUAUCUCAAAAGCAGUAACUACAAUUAAAGUU